CCCUGAUAUGUUUGUGUAUGUAUCGUAAUGAACAAUCUACGAAAGACGUGUCAGGAUACGGAUACUGCCCUGCCGGAAUGUGUACCUAGCCAUAUACGUUUUCUAGUCUAGUGUACUUAUGUAUGUAUUGUAUGUAUAUCGAUACGUGCAUACAGGUACUACUCCCACUGAGUGGGAUGUUGUAUGUUGUACAAUUGAAUUGAAUAUUAUGAAUGAACAGUACGUGGAAAUUAAUUGAGUUGCGUGUGGUUGAAUUUGAAAGUGCCACCAAAAGACAAAACAGUCGGGUAUAAGAUUGCAUUGAGUCCCAUACCCGUGUGAAUGUGCGACUGAAACUGUAUGUACACAUAUUGUGUUGUGGGUGCGAAGAGAGGGGCAGUGAGAAAGGAGCAAGUUACAAGGGCAGCGCGGCUAAAACUUAACUGAACUGGCUACUUAUUGUGAAAGGAAUUUGAAAAAUGUUAAACAGAAACUUUUGUUGACUUUAGCUAUCCUAAAUAAAAUCAGGAGGAGAAACAAAAUGAUUCAAAUGGAAAUGCGCUAUAUUUGAAAAAAGUACAUUAGUAAAUGUGGAAAUUGUAUAACAGUUUUAAAAGCGGCCAGAGUCAAAGCUAGAUAUAUUUUUAAAGCAUAAUGAUAUGUCUGAAACACAUGUAAGAAGGGAUUUGAAUGAAUUCAGGGACGUGAGUUCCGGUUCUGCUUCGAUUUCCAUAUCAUCUUCAAGUUCAUCAUCAGCAUCGGCAUCGGCAUCUGUAUCAUCGAGCUCCUCCUCAUCGUGUGAAAGUGGUAUUGUACUAGGAGGGAACAUCACCAGCUACCCUCUUUCAAAAGUUAGGCCUACCGAUUUAAUCUCAUUUCAAACUAAAGAAGACCACUCAAAUAUAAGAAUGUCGGCGCAAGUAGCCUCAAAGAUGUUAAACGAUAGUAUGCCGGACUCAAUUCACAAGAAUAAUCCUUUACAUCAUCAAAUGAUUGAACAGACAAAAGUUCAUGCGUCGUCGAUGCCACUAUCCGAAGAUCCGCGAACUUUGCAAUUGGCGUUGGAACUAUCAUUGGUCGGGUUAAAUGACAAUCAAAACUGCUAUGGCCAACCUGCACUACCUGUCGCGAUACAGAACGACUUUGAAAUGGGCUCCAUCAAUGUGGUGCCUGCCGUUUUCUCUAAAACGGACAACACCCUGCCUUUACCUACAGUGUCUGGUUCCGGUCUUUUAUUACCCACCGCCGCUGCCGUUGGCGUAGAAGACCGAUCAAAGAAAUCUCAAAACAUGACUGAAUGUGUUCCAGUUCCGAGCUCAGAACAUGUCGCUGAAAUAGUAGGUCGGCAGGGGUGCAAGAUCAAGGCUUUGAGGGCUAAAACAAAUACUUACAUCAAGACUCCAGUUCGCGGAGAGGAACCGGUGUUUGUAGUUACCGGUCGCAAAGAAGACGUUAACAAGGCAAAACGGGAAAUACUUUCUGCAGCAGAUCACUUUAGCUUGAUACGAGCAUCUCGAAAACCUUCGAUUGAGGGUCACAAUAACGGAUUGACAGGAAAUAUGAACGAUUCCGGUUCAUCGGGUGGCAAUGCAGGCACUGUGUCGCGUAUGCAGUCUGGUCCCCCAUGUUUGCCCGGUCAGGUUACCAUACAGGUACGUGUACCUUAUCGGGUUGUGGGUCUAGUGGUUGGACCCAAAGGUGCCACAAUUAAACAUAUCCAGCAGGAGACACAAACAUACAUUGUCACACCAUCGCGCGAGAAGGAACCAAUUUUUGAGGUGACUGGUUUGCCAGACAACGUAGACACGGCAAGAAAGCAAAUUGAAGCACACAUUGCUCUUCGAACUGGUUCCGGACCUGGAAAUGGUACUGGCGGUGCCGGUACCGGAGCCGCUGCCGGACUAGGAUGUGAAUCGCUCGAAACGCAGGAAUAUGGGACACAGCCAACAAUAAAUUCAUUAACACAGAUUCUGAACGAUGAUCUGAACUCGGAUAUACUGUCAUCCAUCUACAAAAGUGUUAUCUCGCCUGCUCUGGACUAUGGAGAUAAUACACUAAAGAUGGUCGGUGGCACUGUGGAUAGUCUCAACAUGAAUAAUGUGAAACUAAUGCCAGAUCAUCAUAUAAGAAAUAGCUAUCAGAAGUCGGAAUUAGUUGACAUUGACAUGCCACCGAUUGUAUUGGCCACAGCAUCAUCGGAUAAUCAUUUUUCAGCCAGUGAAGCACAAAUGCUACCAGCAAAAGUUACUAAUGUAUACCGUAUUACGAACAAAACAUUGUCAUUCUGUCCACCAACAUCUGCAUCUAUGAAUUCUAACUCUGGUUCGAAUAUACUAACCCGAUCAUGUUCGUCAGCGUCCUCAACCGCUUCGACAAAGAGCACAAACAAUAGCGCCAACACACCUCCAGAACUAUUGAAUAUAUGGAAAAAUAUAAGCGAUUCGAUUGAUGUGGAUGAAGGCAUUGGGGACUCGCCGAGCAUUUGGAAUCUUCCAGCGAACACUAUACCCACCGCCCAUUGCUCACCCACAACCUCCAUAAGUCCAACGGACUCUCUUUUGGGUCUGGGCGAGCACUCUGUGAACAGAAACAUUUCUCGUCACAUAAAGGAAUCAUCAUGUACCAGUCAGCAAAGAGCACCGUUGGUUCAAUUCCAACCCAAUUCCAGCGCCGACAAAUUAUCCAUUCAACGCGAAUGCUUUGUGUGCAACGAAAAUGAAGUAACCACAGCGUUGGUUCCAUGCGGCCACAAUAUGUUCUGCAUGGAUUGUGCCAAUCAGAUCUGCGUUUCCAUAGAAGCAGCAUGUCCGAUUUGCAACUCAAUUGUUUAUCACGCGAUGCGCAUUUUGGGCUAAAUGCACACGUUUUUUAAUAAACAUGGUUUCUGUUUGAUCAUUAAGCGAUUUGAGGUACAAUCCAAGUUAAUACCUAAAAUUAUUCGAAUAUUUUUUAGAUUUGUUGAUUAUUGAUUUAACUUAAACGAAAUCAUUCAAAGUAAUAAUCGUCCCUUUUUGACAUAUGUAUUUGUUAUGAUUUUUACCAGAAGCUUGCAACGCACAGACCUCAUCUGCUGAGUCGAUAUAAAGCGAUUAUUUUGUUUCUUCUGAAUAUUGUAUUUUCUGCAUACAUUUGUAGCAAACAUACGUGUGUAACUACACAACCUUAAUCAUCAGAAUUAUUGUUCGAUCUGCAAUGCCUUAAUUUCAGGUUAUUUUUUCUGUCGAAAUUUGUUUUCUAAAUUGACAGUUUCCUUUUUAAUACAUCUGCGUUGCUAGCAC